AAAAAGUAAAUAGUUGCAAAAAUAUUACGUCAACGCUGAAUAUGUUUUGAAUAAUGAAUUAUUUUAAUUAAUUUCUGUGGUGUAUUGUUUCAUAUUAAGUGCAAGGAUCCAAUUCCCGUUCAUUGUACUGUGUACGACGACUGACAGAUGUUUCACGAGUGAUUGGUUUCAACAGUUCUGUACAAAUUGUAUCCCACUGAUCAUACAGGAAGUUCUAGGAAUACAAUGAUCAAGUGAUAACAAAAAAUCGUUCAAUAUGUCAGAAAUAACUAUAGGGCGUUUAUUUAACGAAGACAGAUUUUCCAAUAUAACAUGGAAAGUUAUAUUUCUACUGUUGUAUUCGCCUGUAGGCAUCUUAUUGGCCAUGAUUAGAAUGUUUAUGGUACUUCAAGCUUACGUAGCUGCCUCACUUCUCAGAUCUCAAGUAUCAGUUCGAAGAUUCAUUUUACGUGUGGUUUGUUGCGUAUUGGGUAUCAUCGUCGAAGAAGAUUCUAGUGAAUGUAAGAGGAACGAAUCAGCUCGAUUAAUUGUUUCAAAUCAUUUAUCAAUAUUUGACCACAUUCCCAUUCAUUUGUUAACUAAUUGCGUAACUUUUGUAAACUGUGAUCUACCCAAUUGGCUUUUAUAUGGAAUUGGUUUAAAGAAUAUACCCGAAAAAGAAUCUAGUUCAACGGAAGAUGUGAGAAUUACUGCUUUGAAAUCAGAACUGCGCCAGCAUAAUGAUCCAAUUUUGGUAUUCCCAGAAGAAGACACCACUAGUGGAGUUGUAGGGUUGUUGAAGUUUUCAUCUUGGUGGGCUUCAGAAAUAGAAUCAGUUCAACCUGUGGCUGUGCAUUUGAAACGAUCACCUAUUGUCGAUAUCAAAGCAUCAGUGCUCGGUUCCAGCUGGUAUUCUGAUUACUUUUGGUCUUUCUUUGUACCUUACUCGGUGUAUACGAUUAAGUAUUUACCAGUUAUUGAAAAAGAUGCCGAGGAAAGUAGUGAAAGCUUCGCCGAACGUAUUCAAGCUGCCAUAGCUGAAAAUAUGAACUUGGCGAAAACUAAUUUCACUAAAUUUGAUAAGGCGGAGUAUGAGAAACGUUUUUUGAAAGAUCGACACCGAGAAUUUAUUCUUAAUCGACAAAGUAUGAUUUUAAGUAAUCAUCGCGAGCUGCAAAGAAUGGUAAUGCAAGUUGCCGAAGUUCUUCCGCAUGUUCCUAGAGAAGUGAUUUUCAGAGAUCUUGAAAUCACCGGAAAUGUCGACAUCACGAUAACGAAUUUAUUAGAGAAUCGAAUCGAAUAUUCACCCACUGACAUGUAUGCUAAUCAACGACCAAUGGAAGCUGUAGCAGGACCUUCGUCGUCACCCUCCACAGAGACGAAAGUUAGUCCAACAUCCAGCAUGGCUCAACAACAUAUUACUUUUCAAGAAAGAAAAGCUAAACUAAUCGAAGAUGCUAGGCGAAGAUACAAAGAAAAGCAUAACAUACCUUAGAGUUUUAGUAUCGAUUAAGAAUUCAUCUUAUGUAUUUUUUUUUGUACUUACAUCAAAAUAGCAGUCGUGUUUUCUUGUGUUAUUUUCAUUGUAAAACAGUAUGAUUUUAAUUUUUUUUACCGCAAUCGUUAAAUGCUUUUUAACGUACUUUUUAAGAUAAUCGUUGUUAGUUUACGCUUCAGUUUUUAUUUUAAGAGACUGAUUGUUAAAUUGAAGUAAUUUUGGAGUAAACUUGAGCGCAAG